AAAUGUCAAUGUUUUUUCGUCACAGUAUUUUUACCUAGCGUGGGGUUUUUAGUUUAGUACGAUCUGAAAUUAAUCUUUUUCUACAAAAGUAAUGAUUGGCUAUUAGUUUAUUGGUGAUCUAUUCGCAUAGCAGUGAAUAUUCUCAAAACAUGGCUGAUCCAACCGACAUCAGCAUCCCACUGCAUACGAUUGAAGCUGAUUCUUCUCAGAUACACGGACAUGAAGCAUCAUCAAGUGCGAACCCUGACGAUGGGGCAUCAAGUAGUUCAGCUACACCUGCAGGCAGCGAGGGACAAGCAUCCAGACAAUCAAACCUUCAGCGAAUACAACAACGCAAGGAGCAAGUGUAUAAUUGGCCACAUAAUAAAAAGCUACUAAAGCUCGCCAUUUACUCUGCAUGUCAAACUCCAGAUUGCGUUUGUAAUGGAUGGAAAACUCCAGUUACUCAGCAAAUCGUUAAAAAUAAUUCACGUGUUGACAACCAACCGUUGGCCAGUUUCAGUGACCCUUGUCGCAACUGCAACCACAUAUUAGAAAAGCAUGUGACUCAACUACAAACCCUGCCUGUGGCAGAGGUAAACAGACUGCUGGGAGCAGUGGUUGAUGUGGAGAAUAUAUUCAUGUCUAUGCACAGAGAAGAUGACCAUGACACAAAAAGAGUUUACUAUUACCUUUUUAAACUACUUCGCAAAUGUAUCUUAACACGUUCUCAGCCACGUAUCGAAGGCCCUCUAGGACAACCUCCAUUCGAGCGACCUUCAAUAGCUAAAGCGAUCACAAACUUCGUACUGUACAAGUUCCAUACGCUACCUCAGAGAGAGUGGCAGACCAUGUACGACCUGGCCAAAAUGUUUCUGCAUUGCUUCAAUCAUUGGAAUUUUGAAGCUCCGAGUGUGAGGAAAUUGCAAGUAUCAAAUCCAGAAGAUGUAUCAGCAUACCAGGUUAAUUUCACAAGAUGGUUGGUGUUCUGCCACGUGCCAGCGUUCUGUGACUCAUUACCGCACUACGAGACAUCGCUAGUGUUCGGUCGGACUCUCCUGCGCGCCGUGUUCAAGUCCGUGUGCAGACAGCUCAUGGACAAGUGUCACUCGGAGCGGGACAGGAUGCCGCCUGAGAAGAGGGUACUAGUGUUAACUCACUUCCCUCGAUUCUUGGCGCUUCUAGAGGAAGAAAUAUUCAGCACAAACUCGCCCAUAUGGGAUCCAGACUUCAAACAAAUACCGCCGAACCAUUUACAAGCGAUUCUUGAUCAAAAACCGGGUUCUAUAAAACAAGAGAGCAGCAAACGUAGCGCCGACUCACGGUCCGUCGAUCAGCCGUCCAGCGCUAAACGACGCCGUGUAGCCGACGAGAACGGUGAUGACGUCAACGAGCGAACCGUCGCCGAGAUAGUGGCCACCAUCAACGAUCCAAACUAUAUGUGCGGACCAGAUGCACUAUUCCAAAUGCAAGCGCCCAGAGAUGAGGCGGCCAAGCUGGAGGAACAACGCAAAAUGAUAGAGUUCCACGUGAUAGGUAACUCGCUCACCGGACCAGUAAACAAACAGACCAUGCUGUGGCUUAUAGGUCUCCACAAUGUAUUUUCAUACCAACUACCAGAAAUGACCAAAGAAUAUAUAUCUCAAUUGGUAUUCGAUCCAAAACACAAGACGUUAGCUCUUAUAAAAGAAGGAAAACCUAUCGGUGGGAUUUGCUUUAGGACAUUCAAUUCGCAGGGUUUCAGUGAGAUAGUAUUCUGCGCGGUGACAUCUAACGAGCAAGUGAAAGGUUACGGCACACACCUAAUGAAUCACCUCAAAGACUAUCACAUCAGAAAUAAUAUACUUCACUUUCUCACCUUCGCAGACGAAUUCGCUAUAGGAUACUUCAAGAAGCAAGGCUUCAGUAAAGACAUAAAAUUGCCACGCGCCAUGUACCAGGGUUACAUAAAAGACUACGAGGGCGCCACUCUCAUGCACUGCGAAUUGAACCCUCGCAUCGUAUAUACACAGUUCACAUCAGUUAUACGACGACAAAAAGAGGUAUAACACGAAUGAAUUAACAUGACACCUGAGGGCCUAUUAUGAUUCUUAUGAUUUUGUUAAAAUCAUAUCCGUGAGGUCAUCUGUGCUUCAGUGACGUCAGAUCAGAAAUUAUCGAAAAAUGCGUUUCUUUGGAAACGUAUUAGCUUUUCGAAUAUAGAAAGACAUGACCAAUUUUGACUUAAAAAUUUAUUAACUCGUCUAUUGAAGUGAUAAAUCUCAAAAUGUAGCUUAUUGUCUGCUUAUUUCAUAUCGUGUGAUUAAGUCUUAAAAUAGUAAUGUUUAAAAUUGUGAGGCUGAUAAAGAUUAUCAAAAAGUUAUGCGUUUCGAACCCUACAAUGACGUUUUGAUACACUACCCCGAUGUGAUUCAGACCUAUUAAUAUGAUGUUCCAACAGAUACGUUUUUAUUCCGAUAUUUAUUUGUGCAGUUUUAAUACGCACUGUGGCAUCGUAACACGUCCGUACGUUGGCGGCGUCGCAAACAAACUAAAACAUUAAGACCUCACCAUAAAGUAUGAAUUUAAACGGCCCUUUUGAGACUCUGACGGGGCAUCUAUUUCUGUUGUUGAUCAAAGUUUAUAAGCAAAACCUAAUUUAAACUAACACUAAUGGUAAACAGAAUAGGGCUUCAGAUGUCAUAUUAUUUCGUACGAGUAUUAUUUGUUACAUAAUUUUAUGAAAUUACACAUAAGCAAUAUAUUUAUGUACAAUUGCAUUCAGUUACAUGUACUUGAACAUACUAACUUUGUGAUGAGAAAAUAAAUAUAUAUUAUAUUAGUUAAAAUUGCGGUCAGUUGCACAAACCUUAACUCUAAUGGAUGUAAAAUUUGUAUGGGUAAUGAGGUAUUAACUAAUGACAAUUUUAAUGGACUUUUGUGCAAUUGGCUAUAAGGGUCCAUUAUAUAUUAACUAGCUUAUAUGUUCUAAAACAUUUUAUAUUUUCGAUAUAAGAAUUUAACUGUCACUAUAAAACCAUAAUUCAAAUAAUCAUGCAAAUAUUUCAUUUAUACAGAUCGUGAAGAAACUUAUCGACAUGCGACAGAAAGAAGUAAGGAAAGUACAUCCGGGUCUCACUUGUUUUAAAGAUGGCGUAAGUCGUGUUCCCCCAUACUUUCUUUUAUACAUAACUUUAAAAAAAUAUUUAAAAUAUGUCAGCGGAUUGCACACCCACCGCACUAACUACAGAGAUAUAUACUGUACAGGUGCGCAGUAUUCCCGUCGAAUGUAUUCCCGGGUUGAGGGAGACCGGGUGGAGGGGAGCCGCCCGCCCCCCCGCCCUCGACCCCGAUUCGGACGCUGACCUCCCCGCCCUGAGGACAGUCCUGCACCAGGUAUAUAUCGCACUACGAAACAUUAUACAGGGACAAUAAUGGUGCACAAAAUAACUAGGUAUAUGUUGUAUCCUGCCAUUUCUCUUUUAUUCAUAAUGUUUGGUUAACUGCAUAUGAAAAUGAAAAAUACUGUAUUCAAAUAAGCUUCUUAUUUUGAAUUGUCCAACAAUUUUUUUCUCUACCACUCAUUCAAAACUUUUAGCUGACAAUAAGAACAAGCGAAAGAAACUUACCAGCUCUUUAGCAGAAGUGACGACAUUUACAAUCAUGUCAUUACCAAAAUAAUAUAUAAUACAAUAAAAAUAAUUAUAAAUGAAAAAAUAAAUUCAAUAUUGCAUUUGUUACUUUACUCUAAAAGAUAAACAUGUAUCUUUUUCUGUCUUUAUUUUAACCAAUUGACAUCAGUGUACCGAAUGUUCUUAUUAUACUGCUGUGGUACACGCCUUUCCUAUGGAUGGACUG